AUGCUGGAGCCUCUCGCCGCUCAUCCAAUGGUCGCCGUGGUGGAUCUUCGCGCGGUGCACGAGGCAAUGGUCGUGGCCGUGGACCUCAAGAACCGCCACAUCCUGCUAGACACCAAUGUAGCUCCAGCCCUUCAAUCUGCCCGCCAGGAGCUCGACCGCCAGCGUGCUACAGAUAGUCUGAAGAAGAACCUGGAGAAGAGGCCUGACAAGGACGAGUUGGUUGAGCCGUUGCAGGCCCACGCUCAAGAACUCAAGCGACACAUGCUGGCCGAUAACCUCGAGCAUAAGAUUCAGAACCGGCCACAGCCUGAAGAGUUGAUUUCCCAGGGUAUUCUCUCCGAGGAUGAGAACCCACGCUCGCCCGUUUAA